CCCAACCAGGCUUUCUGAUCAGAGCAGCAGACCAGCAGCAGUCACUCCUGCACACUCCAUCUGGGAGAGAGACGCCAAAUCUGACCAUAAUUAGUACCAAUGUAGCACAAGAUCCGCGUAGUACUUGCCGCCCAUAUUUUCGUUGCAGGAGCGCAUUGUGUGGUGCCAUUUGACGUAAGAGGACGGCCCGGAGUACUAGAGCCACCGGCGACUACUAGUACGGGCGUUAAUUAUUUAGGCAGCUGCACCUUCCCAGUUUCAGAGGCCUUCCUUUCCAGUGAUUCCACCUCUACGUUCUAAAUUUUUUAAGAUCAAAUAAUAGAUUUGUUUCUAUAAAAUACUAGAUUUUCCCCCCAUAUUUUUACCAGCUCUAGCCUAGAGAUGCCUAAGAGAUAGCCCUCCAUGCAGAUAGCCUAGGCAGGGGGCGGAUAUACAACUUGAAGUGCGCGUUUCCUCAGAGAGAGAUGCCGCAGCAUACUCCAAGUGGGCCAGUAGAGCCUGCAGAGAGCGCUGGGGUUGUUGGGUGAAGGGCGGCCCAAAUUUGCCACUACUAGCCCCAGUGAAACUGCCCCUGCCACUGACUCUGGAAAGGGCAGCCAAAGUGCCAUGAUUGCUGACGAGGAUUUGCCGCCUGGGAUCAGAUUCCGGCCGACAGACGAGGAGCUGCUGGGGUACUACCUCAGACGGCGCGUGAAGGGGUGGCCGAUUGCGUGGAAUGCAAUUGGCGAUGUGGAUCUGUACAAGUUUGAGCCCUGGGAACUGCCAGCUAGAGCGACCAGCCCCAUUGCUGGCGAUGGCGAGUGGUUUUUCUUCGCUUCCCGGGACCUCAAGUACCCCUCGGGUUCUCGCUCCAACCGGGCAACGACAGCCGGUUACUGGAAGGCCACAGGGAAGGAGCGGCCGGUGCAUGUGAGGCUUCCACGUGGCAGUGGUGGGAGCGGUGGGAGCGGUGAAAAUGGGGAUCAAGCAGUCAGAAUGGGAUUUAAGAAGACACAUGUCUUCUAUAUGGGGAGGGCGCCGGGAGGUAACAAGACCGACUGGGUCAUGCACGAGUAUCGCCUCGCUGAGGACCCGCCUGAAGCUGCAGCUGCUACAGACGUACCCGGAGCCGCUACAGAUGCAGCUGGGCCAGCUACAGCCGCCACAGAUGGGGCUGGGGCUGCGGACGGAUCAGCAGUGGGUGCAGCCGCCGCGGUUGCUACUACUGCAGAAGCAGACCUUAUGGGUGCAAAGAGUAGCAGUCCAAAGCGAAGCAUCAUUGCGGGUAUGGAUGUGGGAUCGUGGAUGGUGGUGCGUGUGCUCAAACGAAGCCCCCUGACAGCGGAAGAGCAGGCGAUAGUGGCACAGCUGGGAGGGGCGUCGUUCCAAGGAUGGAAGCCACGGCAUUCAAUGCAGCAGCAGCAGCAGCAGCAGCAGCAGCAGCAGGGGAGAGAGGUAGGACAGCAACAAGAGGGAACAGGUCGGCAGCCAGGGGGGGAAGGGAAGCAGCCAGGGGGCGCAGAUCAGGGCAAAGGAGCCGGGACAGCAAAACUAGAGCAGGAAGCUGGGGUAGUGACAGGUAUGGCAGGUCAAGGGGGCAUGAUGAUUCAGCAGGUGGCAUGUGCGGGAGGUAGUCCCGCGAGCGGGAGCGGGGUGGCAGGGAUUUAUGGGACAGGACACAGGAUGGGAGGCUUGGGAAGUAUUUCGCCAGACGAGACAGCAUCCCCUGAGGAUGUGAUAGUGGUUGACGUGAUUACCAGGGGUAGUUCACCCUCCGAGAUUUCACCAGAAGGUAACUCCCCAACUACCCUCACAGGCACACAUUCGCCCAUCUCCUCCUCCAGUGCCAUGUCCGUAGACGUCCAGAGCAGCAUAGGGGGAAGCAGGGCAGCAGCAGCAGCAAUGGACGUAGCAGGAACAGGAGCAGCAGUGAGCGCUGACGACCCCGCCGCACGUCCAGGUUCUAUUUCUCCUCCCCAAAACCCGCACCCGGGAAUAUCCCCUGCUGCCUUUCUUCUGCCAAAUGCCGGACCCAGCAGCCAAGCAACGCAACCGCAGUUAUUGCACGCCCUGUACCACGAGACUAUGCCGUCCUUCAAGCACUAUCUGUUUGAAAACAAGCAGCCCAGCAGCAGCAGGGCUGGUGGUACGGAAGCAAGAGGAGACAGAGAGGAGAACGAAAGAGUUGGCAACCGAGAGGGGAGCGGGAUUGUCGUGGGGUCUAGAGAUGCUCCUAUUGAGCUGGAGGUUGUGCAUGCCUGGAACGGAGGUAGGCAUGUGCAGUCAGAGGUGCGGAUGGGAGAGGAGCGGCGCUUACUAGUAGAGGAGCAGAUUAUGGGAGAUGAGCAGUUUAUGGGAGAGGAGAGGCAUAUGCAGGCAGAGAUGCAUAUCGUAGAGCAGCAGCAGCAGCAGCAGAAGGAACGGCGGCGGCAGCAGCAGCAGCAAUGUGCGGCAGAGGAGCAGAAGUUGAGGGUGGUGGAGGAGCGAGUGGAGUGGAAUACAGAAGCGGGUAUGCAAGCAGAAGGGCAGCACAUGGGAAAGGAGUGCCUUAUGGGAGAGGAGACCUACAUGGGAGAGGAGCAGAAGAUGAGGGUAGUGGAGGAGCGAGUGCAGUGGAAGACAAAAGCGGGUAUGCAAGCGGAAGGGCAGCAGAACAAGGAGAAGGAGCAGCAGGAGCAGCUAUACAGGCACCAGGAUCAGAAGCAGAAGAAAUGGCACACGCAGCAGCAAAGAGAACAGCAAGUAGGGAAAGUCCAGCGUCAUGGGCCAAUCCAGCCGCCCAUGCAGGGCGUUCUUGGCCAGGUAGCAGAAAGAAUGGUAACACCAUCAGGUGCCUCAACUGGUGCCUCUGUUCAAGCAGCACCAGAUUCCUUCCUCCCGCAUACGCGCACUCAGCAACCGUUCCCAUCGCUCAUGCAAGCACCAUCCCCUCGAGCUACGCACAUGGUUAGCUCCCAUUGGCAGCAAGCCCAGAGCCCACGACAGCACGGCAGUCACAAUCAGGUGAAUGCAAGCAGCAGCAUCAUUUCCCCUCCAUCCGGCCCCCUGGGCCCAUUCAUUCCGCCUCCCUCCCCUUCCGCCUCUGCAGCCUCUUCAGCUGCCUCGCAACCCCAUCAGAUGCCAUCUCCAGGUGCCAACCCAACUGCUGCUGCUGUUUCUGCCGCCACCACUGGCCCUUCUGCUGUCGCAGAGGGAGAGGCACGUGCAGCAGAGGCAGCUGGCAGUGCAGCAGCAGGUGCUGCAGCAAGCAGUGAGAUUCGAGCAGAGGAUCUGCAGGCGCUAGCUGACCUCCUCAACUCUCUCAUGGCCAGUCAAGCUGCCACCGCCACGGCAGCUAAUGCUGCUAACUCUGCUGUUCCUUCUGCUGCAGUUGAUGUCCAACCUCUAAGGUCAGUGACUGCUCUGAUUCCUACAGACACUGCUGUGAUUCCUACAGGGACUGCAAACUCAGGGCUUGCUGGUGCUCAGGGAAAUGAGUUUGGAGGGCUCGUGGAAGGAACAGCGAUGGCGGGCUCCCGACAGCUAGCGCGCGCGCACUCGGUUGGAGAGCGCUCGUAUUCGGUUGCCGGAGUGCCAUCAGCUUUAUUUGGCGUGCUGUCUACAGGGGCGCAGCAGGGGAAAAGGCACAAGGGGCAGCAGGGGGCGGGGUUUGGGCAUGAGGAGCAGCAGUGGCAUCAGCAGCGGACGCAAUUGCUGCAGCAAAUCCAGCAGCCACACCACCAGCAGAAGCAGCAGCAGUACCAGCAGAUACUGCUCCAGGAGCAGCAGCAACAGCCUGCAGCCGGAGAAGCUGAAAUUAGAGCGAAAUAUGAAAAUCCGGACGAGCUGAGCGCUGAUAUCCCUUGGCACAGAAGUGUAUCCUGCCCAGUCGUCUCUCUGCCCCAUCAGGCUCCCAGUCCAGGCACCAACCAGCCUAGUCCCACUCAAUGGUCUGACUAUAUGCCCUUCCGAGCCUCCCACAGCUUAGGAGAGGGGGAGCAAGGGAGGGGGGGAGGGCACGGGGGGGCGACCGGCAGCAGCAGUAGCAGGAAUAGCGAGAGGUUUUACCAUGCGCAGUCUUUGCUGCAUACUGCUGUGCGGGAAACUGGUGGGGGGGAGAUGGGUGGAGCGAGGGAGGGGGGGGAGGAGAGGGGAGGGGAGGAUGGAGGGGAUAAUGGCUUGGAAGCAAUGAUUCGCAGCAUUACCUGGCAUGAAGGUGCAGAGCGGACAGAAGGCACAGGGGUGAGGCCAGGAGCAGAAGGGGCAGAGACAGGCACAGGAGUGAGGCUGACAGGAGCAGAAGGGGUAGAGGCAGGUACGGGAGUGCAGCUGGCGGGUGUAGAGAGGACGGAGGAGAGAAGAAGGAUGGAGCACAGCGAAGCGAACAGGCAAGGAAUAGGAGAGGAAGCAGCAGGGAUAGCAGCAGGAGGGGUGGCAGCAGGAGGGGUGGGAGCAGCAGGGGUGGGAGCUGCAGGCGUGGCAGCAGCAGUGGUGUCAAGAGACGCCGGAGCCGAGUUAACAGCACUGGAGCACGGAGUAGGACUAGUUGAGCUGGAGGCACUUCUUCUGGAGCUAGAGGGGGGUUUGAUCAAUAACAUAGCAGGUGUCAGCAUCCCCAAUAACAGCAUGCUUGGUGUUACCAUGGGGCCGCCAGACGCACUUCUGCUGCCAGAGUCAUUCUUCCUAUCACCUGCAGUCGCAUGCACAACGGGUGAGACAAGAACAGAUGAAACAGCAUCGGCACCAGCAGCAGAAGCGGCGGCGGCGGCAGUAGGCACAAGUGUAGACGUGGCAGGGAAGCCACAAAUGGAAAUUCAGGCAGCCAGCAGCAGCAGGGGCUCUGGAAAGCGGCUCUCUCCUAAGAGGUGCCACGACGAGGUGGUGGUGUUUGAGGCUUCUAAAAAUGAGGAGCCAUGAUGGGGAGAUGCCGAGUCCUGCUGAUGGUUUCCACUUAAAGAAUUCUACAAGAUGAUGCUGAGAAUUCUGACUGCAUUUUUUAAAAUUCUCAUCAUGGUGGAGUCGCUGAUUCCUGCAGAUGGUAGCUCCUGAAUUAUAACUGGUGGUGUUUCCCUGGGCUCUGCACCUGUGGUGGUGCGUGGGGAGGAGGUUACUGGCUUAGAUGUGAAAGCUGGAAUUGCUCCAAUGGAUGUGAUUCUUGAGCUGUGAUGCUGGGGAGGAGAAAGGGGGCCUGAAACCCCCUGGGUGAGUUGAUUGAUGCUACCUAGUUGAUGGGCGAUGGAUGGCAGCUGCAUCUACCACCAGCGCACUGGGUGCUUCGAGGGAUGUGGUUCUUGAGCUGUGGUGCGGGGGGUGUGCUCGGUACUUCUCCAAUGAAGCAGCUCUGAUUCAAUCAAAAUCUUCAGAGAAACAAGCACAUACUUGAACAUUUGAAAGCAGCUGGGCCGGGCCUUUCAAACAACCUAAGGCAGCCUCAUCUAUUUGCCUCAGGCAUAUGAUUUGCUGUAUGAUAAGUAGUAUAGCUCGAUGUCAUCAUUUGCAAAUAAUAAUGGGAUCUCACCUCCUGUCUUCGUUCUCCUUCCCAUGUGCACGUCCGCUCUCACCCUCUCAACCUUGCAGGGCUGUUUUCACAGCAGCAACAGCAGCAACAGCAGCAGCAGCAGCAGCAGCAGCAGUGCCAGACACACUGGGGUGGAAUCUCACUGCUGUCGCUCUUUCAGAUAUUACUAAGCACAUAGCCAGGGGCAAGGUUGGUGAGCUAACGUCUACCAUUAAAAUGGGAUCGGAACCACUCACAAGCACGAACGUGCGCAGCACAUGAAAGCACGGGAAAUUUUACAUGCAAGUCAUUAAUAGUCUUGCCACAUGUGUGGCUAUAGCACUGCCCAUACUAGUCAUAUCACUUCCUACACAAAAUUUUCAAUGCUGUUGUUUAGCAUGCCAUACAGGAUACAGCAGUCAUUCGAAUAUUCCAAGCUAGAACAC